AUGCUGCGUUUUCUGAUGCCCCGGCUGCUUUGCCUGAGCGGCAGGACGGCCCCGUACUCCGCAGCAGCUGCCCUCCCAAGCCCGGUCCAGAACCCAGACAUCCGCUACAGAGUUAACAACGAGUGGCAAGAUUCAGUCAGCAAGAAGACCUUCCCAACUGUCAACCCUGCCACGGGAGAGGUCAUAGGCCACGUGGCUGAAGGGGACUGGGCAGAUGUGGAUCGGGCAGUGAAAGCGGCCUGGGAGGCCUUCCGCGGAGGGUCUCCAUGGCACGGGAUGGAUACCUCCGAGCGGUGGCUGUUGAACCGCUAGACUGACCUAGUAGAGCGGGAUCGUUUCUACUUGGCCUCACUGGAGACCUUGGAUAAUGAGAAGCCUUUCCAGGAGUCUUAUGUCUUGGACCUGGAUGAGGUCAUCAAGGUGUACUGGUAUUUUGCAGGCUGGGCUGACCAGUGGCAUGGCAAGGCCUUCCCCAUGGACGGCGAGCAUUUCUGCUUUACUCGGCAUGAGCCUGUUGGUGUCUGUGGCCAGAUAAUCCCAUGGAAUUUCCCCUUGGUCACGCAGGGCUGGAAGCUCGCCCUGGGGCUUGCCACCGGCAAUACAGGGGUCUUGAAGAUCGCACAGCAGACCUCCCUCUCUGCCCUGUAUGUGGCCUCCCAUAAGGAGGUGGGAUUCCCCACUGGGGUGGUGAACAUCCUCACAGGCUAUGGCACAACAGGAGGAGCAGCCAUUGCCUACCACAUGGAUAUUGACAAAGUUGCCUUCACUGGCUCCACUGAGGUGGGCCACCUGAUCCAGAAGGCAGCCGGAGAGUCCAACCUCAAGAGAGUCACCCUGGAGCUGGGUGGGAAGAGCCCCAGCAUUGUGUCGGCUGAUGCUGACAUGAGUCACGCUGUGGAGCAGGGCCACAAAGCCCUCUUCAAUAUGGGCCAGUGCUGCUGGGGGUCCUGGACCUUCACUGAGGAAUCCAUCUAUGAUGAGUUUCUCGAGAGAACCGUAGAGAAAGCUGAGCAGAGAAAAGUUGGGAAUCUCUUUGAGCUGGACACCCAGCAGGGACCCCAGGUGGACAAGGAGCAGUUUGAACGAAUCCUCGGAUACAUCUAGCUUGACCAGAAGGAGGGGGCAAAACUUCUCUGCGGUGGGGAGUGUUUUGGGGAGCAUGGUUUCUUUAUCAAGCCAACAGUCUUUGGUGAUGUGCAGGAGGACAUGAGGAUCACCAAGGAGGAGAUCUUUGGGCCUGUGCAGCCCCUGUUCAAGUUCAAGAAGAUAGAAGAGGUGAUUGAGAGGGCCAACAACACCAGGUAUGGCCUGGCUGCCGCUGUGUAGGACAAGGCCACGUACUUCACACUGGCACUUUAAGCUGGGAUGGUGUGGGUGAACACCUAUAACAUUGUCACCUACCACACGCCGUUUGGAGGCUUUAAGGAAUCUGGCAAUGGGAGGGAGCUGGGGGAGGAUGGGCUUAAGGCCUACACGGAGGUGAAGACAGUCACCAUCAAGGUUCCACAGAACUCGUAAGACUGUCCACCAUGGAGACCCAACCCCAGUCCGAGGAUUCCACAACUACCUGCCAGUGGUUGCCAAACAUUUUUUUAGCCAUGGACCAUUUAUUUGUUCCAAAUGAACUCUUAGACUGAAACAAAUGAAACAAUUAAAAUCAGAGCUGCUCUAAAGCAGGGGUGGCGGCCGGGCUGAGAGUCCUAUCUACCUGAGUCCCAGUCCCAGCCCCCUUGG